AUGUCUGGUCUGUUUUGGAAGUUCAGUAACGGGGGGUUCGCGUCGUUGUCCAACGUGCUGACGUUGUUGGAGGCGUACCCCGCCGCCAAUGCCAGCGACGAGGACCGCUUCCAUCUCCUUUUACAGCUCUUGGACGAGGGCGAGUUGGUCCAGGAGCUCCUCCUGAAUAACCCGCCGUUGCUCGAGUUCCUCCGCGAAGAAGCAGUGCUCGCCAUGCUCGUCGACCUCGUCAUCGCCGAGGGCAAGUUGGCCAUCGGCCCGUACCGUGGCGACGGCAAAUUGGGCGACGCCGACGCCGAGCCCCUGGAUAAAGACACCACCACCAAUAAGGACGACACCGGCGACACCGACGACACCGGCGACGAGCACGACGACGACGACGACCAUGACGAAGAAACCGCCGACGAUCGCGCCACCCGCCGCGCCACCAUCGCCGCCGAGAUCUUGCUGGCGGACGUGUGGCUGCUCACCGACACCGUGAUGGAGCUGACGGCCAACCUCAACAAGUUGUGGCUGUUGCUCGACCUGAAGGAGCCGUUGCUGAUCAACGCGCUGACCUACUUCAUGAAGAUCAUGGAGCACUUGCUCGACAUGAAGUGCGACGAGAUGAUCAACUACCUCGUCGACCACCAGCAGGGGCUUGUCGCCAAGUUCAUCAACCACGUCUCCAACCCGCCGUUGAUGGACUUCUUGCUCAAACUCAUCUCGACCGAUAAGCCCGACAACUCCACCGGCAUCAUCGACUUCUUGCAGCUGCAGUCGCUCACCCAACGGCUAGUGGAGCUGCUCGACAUCGGCGACGACGAGGACCCGGCGGAAGCCCUCGUCCGCCAGGCGCUGGCGGCGGAUUUCCUCAAGGCCCUCAUCACCAUCAGUGCCAACCUGACCACCGACCUGCUGACGAUUGGCCCCAACGAGCUCACGCGGGAGUUGGUGCUGUACGACAUCAUGGACCGGUUGUGUCUGAUCAUGCUCAAAGGCGGCUACGCCCUCGCCAACGGCGUCGGCAUAAUCAUCGAGAUCAUCCGCAAAAACAACUCCGACUACGACAUUUUGCCCGUGCUCUACAUCAGUCUCGACCUGCACCCGCCCACCGGCCGCGACCCCAUCUACCUCGGCCACUUGCUCAAGGUGUUUGGCGCCAAGAUCCACGAGUUCAACGCCAUCCUCACCGACGGCACCUCCCCCGCCAAGUUGCAGACGCCGUUCGGCGAGAUUGAGCCCCUCGGGUUUGAGCGGUUCAAGAUCUGCGAGCUUGUGGCAGAGCUCUUGCACUGUCUGAACAUGCUGUUGCUCAACGAAGUGAAGGGUUUUGACGCCGUCAAAGAACGCGACGAAGUGCGCAAUAAGAUGAAGGCGUUCGACCCCGUCUCCUUCAAGUACAACGAGAUCAUCAUGUUGCCCACCGACGACACCGCCCCCACCUCGAUCUCCGCCACCACCUCCCACGCCAGCAACGCCGACUCCGUGGCCACUGACAACAUCGCCAACGACACCAUCGACUCGUUCAACAACGACAACGAGUCGGGCGACGCCAACGAGUCGCAGCUGCUGACGGCGAACUUGCUGGAAGAACAGAUCCGGGCCAACCCCGUCGUCGGCGACAUGCUCAAGAUCGCCCUCUUCGACACCCAGAUCAUCUCAAACAUCCUCGCCAUGUUCUUCAAGUUCCCCUGGAACAACUUCUUGCACAACGUGGUGUUUGACAUUGUCCAGCAGGUGCUCAACGGGCUGAUGGACAUUGGCUUCAACAAGUAUUUGGCCAUCGAUCUCUUCCACACGGGGAACAUCACCAACCACAUCAUCGAGGGCCAGCGCCUCUGCACCGACUACGAGCAGCUGCACAACGGGUUGCGCCUCGGGUUCAUGGGCCACUUGACCCUCAUCGCCGAGGAGGUGGUCAAGUUCAUCCAGCUCUACCCCGCCAACACCCUCUCCGAGCUCAUCGACGUCAAGGUUGAGGAGCAGCAGUGGGAGGACUACGUGAACAACGUGCUAUACGACACCAGAGAGAAGUACAACGCCAUCCUCGGCGGCGACGACGACGACGACGACGACGAUGACGAUGACGACGACCACACCUUCGAGGAAGGGUUGGGCGAGAUCAUCGAGGAGGUGAAGACGGAGCUUGUAUUUGAUAAAUACGACGAUGACGACGACGACGACGACCACCACGACGACCACAACGAAGACAAUAAGCCGCGGGACGUGGUGUACUUUGACGAGGACCAGCACUUCCGCAACUACAUGCUGGAGUUGCUGAGUCCCGGGCUGCUCACGGGGGGCAGCGGCGGCGUCGAGGCGAUGGCGUUUGGUGGCGACGACGACGACGACUACGAGGACCCCAACGACGACGGCCUCUCCUACCAAAGAGAGCUGCUGUUGUACGACGCCCACGGCGCCCUCAAGCUGCUGCCGACGCCGCCAGCAGAGGACGACAUGAGCCUGGAGGACCUGACGUCUUCCAGUGACGAUGACGACAUUAAUGACGAUGACGAAAAUACGUUGACCCGGUCGGCGCUGAAAAGCUAA